AUUAAUUACCCAAAUGUUUUGCACUCCUGUUUUACCGUACCGGAAAGGUAGGCUGUCAAAUAUUCCCCACGACCCAAUCCCGCCGUUAGGUACGAUAAGAUACUCCGCGAAAUUAACUGCACUAGUUUGCACCGAGAAAUUCAUUUUUAUCUCAAAUUGCAUUUUUUUUGGUAACCAGUUAACCACCCCCUUUCUUUCAAAUAAACGAACAUAUUAUUGUCCGCAAUGAAAUCUUGAAACAUAAACUUGAUUGCGUAGAACUUUAGCAACAUCUUCCUGCAAUGAAUUAUGCAAACAUUGUUGAUAUCGCCUUUAAAGAACCUGCAGUACGACAACAGGUAAGAUCAAACCCGUAUUGCUACAAAGGUCGUCUUCGCUUGAAAACAGGCAAUGAAUUACUCAGGGUCAGCAUUGACAUAGAAAAAAGACUCAAUGAGGUUUCUCUGCCGUUUAUAGUUCUCCACGGUGGAGAUGACAAAGUGACCGACAAAAAUGUCAGUGAACAACUCUACAAUGUGGCUUCAAGCACAGACAAGACCUUCAAGCUGUAUCCUGGGAUGUGGCAUGCCCUGCUCCACGGAGAGCCGUCCAGCAACAUUGAGAUUGUGUUUUCAGACAUCAUUGGAUGGCUAGAGGAGAGAGUUUCCCUCGGAAAUUCGAGGCUGGAGAGAGAACAGAAGCAGCAAAACGAUGAUUCAAACUUGAAGAUGAAAGAGAAGGAAGAACAGAAGCAGCAAAACGAUGAUUCGAACUUGAAGAUGAAAGAGAAGGAAGAACAGACCAUAAGUUAAUUAGGCAGUCAGGAAGUUAAGAAAUUGGAAUUUUGUAUUUAAAAUUCGUUUUUAUGUAGGAAUUCAAUUGUUUAUCUAAUAUUUUCCAAACAAUCAACAUAAAAUUCGUAGGAAUCC